AUGGCGGCUAGCAGUGAGGAUUUCGAUAAGACGUUGAAGGAGACUACAGAACAGAUAAAUAUUCAAAUCAAAAAACAGCAAGUAGAAGCAAUUAAGCAUUUAUUCUUCGGUGGUGAUGUGUUGGCGGUUUUGCCGACGGGAUUUGGAAAAAGCUUGAUAUUUCAGAUGCUCGUAAAGGUGAAAUCUACUUUAAGUAAUGCUCCUUCGAGAGCGAUCGUCAUCUGUCCUUUAAAGAGCAUCAUAAACGAUCAAAUUCUGGAGGCUCAAAGCAUGGGAAUUUCAGCUGGACUUAUAAACCAAAAAGAUCAGAAGGAACUUUUGAAGUACAGCCUGUUAUUUGGAUCAGCGGAGGAAGUACUUGAUACUUAUUUUCUCGACUUCUUGAAGCGUGAGCACUCUUUCAGGAAGACUAUUGUCGCCCUUGUAGUCGACGAGUCGCACACAAUUGAGACGUGGACGUCAGAUAAAAGACAAGCAAAGAAAAGAAAGUUUAAGGAAGGUUUUCGAGAAGACUUUGCUAAACUUGGCAAGCUUCGGUCAUUCUUUGAAACAGGUACACCAGUAGCUGCUGUAACAGGAACAGCUGACAAGAAGACACAGGAGAUCAUCAAAUCUUCACUUCUUAUGCAAAACUCGUUGGAAAUAUAUUUGAGCCCAAAUCGCCCCAAUCUUAGAGUAGAUGUUAAGAAAGUUCCCAAAGCAGACCAACUACACCAUUUAAACUGGGUCAUUGAUAACAUKAAGUUGCACAAAGAACACACACCCAAAACUAUUAUAUUCUGCAAUACAAUCAACGAAAUUGCUACUGUAGUAAACUACUUAUUGUGUAAGCUUGAUCAAGCAAACAUUGACAAAAGAAUAAUUGGAAUAUACCACUCUACAUCUUGGUCAGCAAGUAAAGAUAGAAUAACGGAGUCGUUUAAGUCCAAUGGCUUGAUUAGAGUUGUAGUGGCCUCUACAGCUUUAUGUAUGGGGGUCAAUUUCCCUGAUGUACGAUAUAUUAUAAACUGGGGACCAGCAAGGACUAUUGUCGACCAAAUUCAGCAAGCAGGAAGAGCAGGGCGUGAUGGAGCAAUGGCUCAUGUCAUUGUACUUUAUCAUGGACAACAGGCUGGGCCAUGUAAUAAAGAAGUCAAAGAAUUCAUUAACUCGACAACAUGCUUAAGGGUGGCAUUAUACAAGACCUUGGAUCCASAAAUCUGCCCAUCUGAGACUUUACACAAUUGCUGUUCAAUCUGUGCUAUUGAAUGUAAGUGUUUGCAGGAAAGUUGUAAGGAGACAUUGGAUCAUGAAAGACCAGUAAGUCACAACAGCCAAUCUGGUAGUAUAAGUGGACAGACAAGGGAUGUAUCCGAUGAUGACAAGCAAGAUGUGAGGGCAGCUUUGAAAGAAUUAGUGUCAGACUAUAACCCACUGUUUGCAAACUGUUUUUCAUUAGAACUUAUUGAMGACAUUGCUAGUAACUGUGAGUAUAUUUUUACAUUAGAGGAUAUUACUACAAAAUUCCCUGUAUUUUCUAUGUUUCAUGCUUUAAAGAUUUUGGAAGUUAUACAAGAAGUUUUCUUAGAUAUUCCUCAUUUAGAAGAGACACUAUCAAGUUUAAAUAUUUCUGACAACACGUUAAGAAAUUUUGAUUAUGAGAACCUUUUAGUUAUUGAUGAUGAUGCAUAUAGUGUGAAUAAUCUCUAUGAUAGCUUGGAGAUUUAG